AUGGAGUACUCUAGCUUGCAGCGCCAAGUUGCCUACAUGAAGAAGGGCCUCUUUGAUCAGGGAUACCUAGAUGAACAAUUUGAUGAACUAGAAGAGCUGCAAGAUGAAGCAAGCCCAAAUUUCGUGGAAGAAGUUGUGACUUUGUUCUUUAGGGACUCCUCCAGAUUGAUGGCCAACAUCGAGCAGGCUCUCGAGAGGUGCCCCCAAGAUUUCCGCAGGCUGGAUUCAUACAUGCACCAGUUAAAGGGCAGUACUUCCAGCAUUGGUGCCUUGCGGGUAAAGAACGAAUGCACAAAAUUCAGGGAAUACUGUGAUCAAGAACAUCUUGACGGAUGCCAAAGAUCAUUCCAAAAGGUGAAGAGAGAGCAUGCCGUACUAAAACAGAAGCUAGAGUCUUAUUUCCAGUUGCUCAGGCAAAUUGGCCCCACCGAACGAGCAACUCGCUCUGGCAGCUGAGAUGACCGACCAUGGUGACGUACGUGCGGCUGUUGUAGCUUUAAUGAGGGUUGC